AUGAAGAGCGCGGGCAAAGCGCGGGAGGCCGACUACGCUUCCUCGGCCUCGGCGGGGGCGUCCCCGGGCGGCGGCGACCAGACGGAGGCCAACAACAACUCCACCACCGCCGCCGCCGCCUCCGCCACCGCCACCGCGCGCGGCGAGGGCGCCAAGGGCGCGGCCAAGGGCCAGCCCAAGGGCGAGGUGGCGGGCGAGGAGGGCCCCGCCCAGCUGCACCCGGCGCUGCUCGGCGCGUCCGCCGCCCUCGAGAUGAAGCCCCUGUGGGACGAGUUCCACCAGCUCGGCACCGAGAUGAUCGUCACCAAGGCCGGGCGGCGCAUGUUCCCGACGUUCCAGGUGCGCGUGUUGGGGCUGGAGCCGCUGCAGCAGUACAUCCUCAUGAUGGACUUCGUCCCCGUGGACGACAAGCGCUACCGCUACGCCUUCCACAACUCGAGCUGGAUCGUGGCUGGGAAGGCGGACCCGGUGUCGCCUCCACGCAUCCACGUGCACCCCGACUCCCCCGCGGAAGGCGCGCAGUGGAUGAAGCAGGUGGUCUCCUUUGACAAGCUCAAGCUCACCAACAAUCAGCUCGACCACAACGGACAUAUCAUCCUGAACUCGAUGCACCGCUACCAACCGCGCUUCCACGUGGUGGUGAUGCAGCCACAAGGCAAGGGCGGCGCGGGGGCGGCGGCGGCGGCCGCUGCGGCCGCGCGCAUCGAGGACUUCAAGACCUUCAUCUUCCCGGAGACAAGCUUCACCGCCAUAACGCACCUGAAGAUCGCCAGCAACCCAUUCGCCAAGGGCUUCCGGGACUGCGAUCCGGAUGACUGCGGCGUGGAGGGGCUGAACCAGCUGCAGCUGGGCUCCUUGCACGGGAGGCUGCGCGCGUCGCCCGGGGCGGGCGAGGCGUCGCCACCGCCGGGCGGGGGCGGGGCGGAGCUGGGCGGGGGCGUGGGGCCGCUGCCGCCGCCUCCGCCGCUGGGCCAGCCCUACUCGGGCGACCUGCCCAACUACGCGCCCGUCUUCCACCACCCGCAUCACCACCAUCACCACCACCACCUCGCCGCCUACCACGCA